CCAUACGGUACUAGACCAUAAAACUGCAAAACCUCAGCCAUGAAUUAUCACUAUCAUCUAGUUUUAGUUUGUUUGCUUGCUUGUAGCCAGUGUUAGUGGUUUAGAAUGGCUGAAAGUGAGAGUUUUGCACCCAGUGAAGGCCCUCCUGAAACUAAGAAAAGGAAAGUUGAAACUGAAGUGAAACCUCCUCCAAAACAAUACAAGGAGAUCCGAAAGUUGCUGAAAUCACUGAAUAACCAAGCAUCGAAGAGUGAAAAAGACUCUGCAAAGAUUUGUUCGCUGUUGAGUCAACUCAAGCAGUUGUGCUCUGAGCCUGUGCCAAAAGAUGAGCUCUCUCCUGCAGCUAUGCUCAUCCAGAUGCAUUUGAAGAAUGCGUUUUUCAGCUCGAGAACUAUCAAAGAUGGAGAUAACAUCAAGACAUUUUUGAAUGGGUUGGAGGAUGGAUCGGAGGGGAGGAGUGACAAAAAUAACAUCUAUGUCUUCUAUGCAAACCAAGCUACACCUUUAUGGUAUCGCUGGUGUGAUAAAGAGCAAAAAUGGGAAUGGACUCCUGAGAGACAGUUGUGGAUGCCUUGUUCUACCACUGUGGUAACAGACGGGUUGUGGGAAGGAGAGACCCCUGCCCCUGAGAAUGUGGAGAUAAUCCACUACCUGGACACAGUGCAGCCUGUCACCACCGAGGAGGGCUACCUGAGUGACCAGUUUAAUGUGGCCACGCUGCUCAGUGGCCUAGCUACAGUGAAUGGUGUGAAACAGAGUGCAGUGGCUAUUGCUACUGUUUUGCGGGACCAAGAAAUACCCACUCAAGAUGAGGCUAAGGUGUUGAGAGACUUCAAGGCGGCCAUGACUACCUUAAUAGACAGUGAAUAGAUUAAUUGUUGUUCCAUAAAUGACAUUGUAUAUUAUAACUAUUAUUUUUUUACUUGUA